UACCUGAUCUGAUUUCUCUGUCUCCAUCAGGAUCCAUUUGAAACCAAACCUCAGCAUGAAGACCACCAGCCCAGAAACAGCUCUCACAGUCUCCAGCAGGAGGAGGAGGAGGAGCUCGGCAGGAGGAGCCCGGAGCAGCUGGAGGACAGGGAGGAGGUGUUACUGACCGACCAGCAGGAGAUCCUCAGAAGAAUCACUAUGAAACCUGAGGAGGAGGAAGGGCCGGAGGUGAAAGCAGCUUCUCCUGAAAUCCUGCUGGUCUACGCCACAGAGACGGACAGAGGAAACCACCAGGGCAUGUACCGUGAAGCCUUCCUGUCCACCUACAGAAGCUUCAUCAGCCCGAGUGAUGUCAUCAGCAAACUCCAGCACAGGUACAGACACUUCUGUAAAGGACGUGAAUCUGCAGAUCUGAUGGCUGCCAAGAAGACUUUCCACCUGCUGAUCAGAGUGGUCGACGAGCUGUGUGCGAUAGAACUGGAGUCCGAUUUGCUCCUGCUCCUCAUGGACCUGGUGUUCAUGCUCCUGACCGGUGGAGAGCUGGGACUGGCUCACCUGCUGCGCUCGAACAUCCUGUCCAAGAUGGAGCAGAGGUGGCAGCUGAAAGGCUCACCUGAGUCUCUCCGCCCCCUCGCAGCAAGGGGUGUGGCUGCCAGACCGGGGACUCUUCUGGACUUCAGGAGUCAGGAUUUAGCGGAACAGUUGACUCUGAUGGACUCUGAGCUCUUCUACAAGAUCGAGCUUCCAGAGGUGUUGCUGUGGUCCAAGGAGCAGAAUGAGGAGAAGAGCCCCAACCUGACACAGUUCACCCAACAUUUCAACAACAUGUCGUACUGGGUUCGUUCUGUCAUCAUUCUUCAAGACAAACCUCAAGACAGAGAGAAACUGCUGCUGAAGUUCCUGAAAACCAUGAAGCACCUGAGGAAGCUAAACAACUUCAACUCGUACCUGUCCAUUCUGUCAGCGCUGGACUCGGCCCCUUUGAGACGUCUGGACUGGCAAAGAAACACAGCUGAGGCUCUGGAGGAAUACAGCUCCUUGAUUGACAGCUCGUCAUCAUUCAGAGCCUACAGAGCAGCUCUAUCUGAAGUGGAACCUCCCUGUAUACCCUACCUGGGUUUGAUCCUUCAGGACUUGACCUUUGUUCACCUUGGGAAUCCUGACCUUGUGACGACCUCUCAGGGAUCAAAUGUCAACUUCUCCAAGCGUUGGCAGCAGUUUAACAUCCUGGACACUCUGAGGACAUAUCAACAAAGUCAUUACUCUCUGCAGCCGAAUGAUGACAUCAUAUCGUUCUUCAAUGACUUCGGCGAUCACCUGGCAGAAGAGGCAUUAUGGGAACUCUCUCUGAGGAUCCGUCCAAGGAAUACCCCACGAGCCAAUCAGAGAUGACAGGCUUAACCGAGACGAAUGGUUAACUUAGUCUAACGUGGAUUAUUACUUUAGAGUGUGAGGUUGAAAAUCAAGGUGCUGACAUGACUUCAACUGUUACCAAACUGGACUACACUGGUGCUUGGUGGUAAGCUCAGACAUCGGUACUAGCUCAAACUUGUUCACAUUGUCAGAUAAUCAUGGCUUAAAUGUGUUCGUCUGGACUGUUCCUGUCAUAAACAACAACAGACUGUCGCUGUGCAAUAAAACAACAAUCUAAAGUACUUUAGAUAGAAGCAUUGUGUUCCUGGGUGUUAGCACAGGUAAGCCUGGUGUCACCAUGAGCUGACCUGUGGUCCCAAACCGUGGCUUCCCUCUGUGUGAGACCUCAGAACUGUACAUGUGUUCAUAUCAAUAUUGCAAUAAACAUUACCCCACACUC